AUGCUGGGAUCUCAAAGCGUGCUAUCGCUGUGUGGCCACUAUGUGGCCAGUGUCGUCAACGGCGUGCUCGAAAUCGCCCCCAUCAACGGCAACGGACCGGUCCAUACCCACCAGUUGAACGAUGCCAUCCGACGCCAUGUUGUCAACAACGGCGUCGAGGGCAGGCCACGGGUCAGCAAGGCGGUGGUAACUCAGUUGGAGUGGGAGAAGGUGGUUUCAGGCGCGUCCUGUGCCAAGAUAGGCGUGGUGAUUGAGAACUACGGCUUGUUGAUGGUGUACGAACUCCACAACCACGAGCCCAUCGUCAUCCAGCAAAGCCGAGACGACGGCAUCGAGAAGUUUGAAUGGGUACCUCCAGUGGACUCACAGCAGCAGGACGAAGAUGGGCCCGGUGGCUACUCCAACUCCAAGCAAUUGGUGGUGUUUACCAAGAACUACCUCCACAUGAAACUCUACUCCCUUGACUGCACCCAUAUACUCUUGACCAUCGUCAAGCCGCUCGUCCACCACCUCGUGGUGUCUCCCCACCGCAGUAAUCGCAUCUGGUCCAUGGUGGCAGACACAAUGGAGUACAAUCAGCCACCGCUCAUAUAUCAUUUCUACAACCAAGGCUCAACCAGCACCCUCUUCCAGGCAUCCAGGUUGCCCCAAUACCUCCUCACCACCCCACACAUAGAGUGGUCGGCCUCCGGCAGAUGGCUCAGUCUAUUCACGGGAGAAGAUAUCCUCUACGGGUUCGACUUGAAAAUAUUCAAUCUCCUUGGCACCCAGGGCCCCCUGAACACCGCUAGCACCGUCAAGCCAAUCUUCGAAUUAAAUACAAUGGGAGACUCCAAGUCUAUCCAGGGGUCCAAUUAUCCAUCAACCAGGUACUCGGGGUCCUGGAUGUCUCUCCAGGAAGAUGAUCAUUAUGUGGCCAUCUCGGUCGCCGACAACGCAGUAGAGUUGAUCUUCUUCUCUCUCCGAAUAUUACGGACCAUUUCUAGAGUGGUAAAG